AUGAGCAAUUCCAAGGAUAUAAAGGACCGCCAGAGAUUGCAGGCUACUCUACAAGCGGCUUUCAGUGAAAAGGCUGCCAGAGUUGAGGAAUGGCUCGGGUCCGCUUCGGAUUCAGGGCCGUCAACUGACCUUUCGGAGUCUAGACAAGCAUUCCUCAAGCUGCCGGUUGUCCAAAUCGGCGGAGGCCUCCGCUUCGACACCCAGGCGGCCACUCAGGACACCAAUAGCAUUCACACACUGGGCGAUUUUGUCACUGGUAACAAGAGCCUCAGCACGUUAGCCAAGAAGAAGCAGGCAGCGCAGCCUAGUAGCAAGCAAAACAGUAUAUACAGAGUCGACAAGGAAGAUACGAAGGCCAUGGUUGCAUUGAAGCAGAAGAUGAAAAACCAAAGACGCUCGCAGCUUCAUGAACGAAUCGUAGAGACCGCGCCGUCCGAAACCCCCGCGCAAGAACGUGGUACUGCAGAUGACGACGACAGCGACGACAGCGAUGAGGCACCGGUGGAGAAGAUGACCAAGAAGAAGGUGGGGCUCCUAUUUCUGGAUAAAAAGCGUAAGAGGUAA